AUGGACUACGAUGGACUACGAUGGACUACGAUGGACUACGAUAAACUACCGUGGACUACCAUGGACUACCAUGGACUACCAUGGACUACCAUGGAGUACGAUGGAUUACCAUGGACUACUAUGGACUACCAUGGACUACAAUGGACUACCAUGGACUACCAUGGACUACCAUGGACUACCAUGGACUACCAUGGAGUACGAUGGACUACUAUGGACUACCAUGGACUACCAUGGAGUACCAUGGACUACUAUGGACUAUUAUGGACUACCAUGGACUACAAUGGAUUACCAUGGACUACCAUGGAGUACGAUGGAUUACUACGGACUACUAUGGACUACCAUGGACUACAAUGGACUACCAUUGGACGAUGUUGGAUCACGAUAUUCAACAAAGGAUAA